UAAUUAUUUAUAAUAGUGUAAGAAAUUUUGGUAAAAUCUAAUAAAAUAUGACAAUGGGAGAUGAUACUCCUGUCACAUCAUUAAUUCUUCCAGUUUUAAUACGUCCCGUUUUAUCCCAAUUAGAACGAUAUGAUUUGAGUGCAUCGCAAACAUUACGUGCAGCAUUUACAAAAGCUGAAGCUGCUUAUGCUGGAUUAACGUACGAUUUAGUUGUUGGGAUCAUGCGACAUGCAGAACUUGGAGUUAAUAUGAACGAAAGUAUAUUACGAUUACAAGGCUCUGCAUCCGAAACAGAUGUUGUAGAAUUCCGUUUAAGUCGUUCCGAGGAUACAUUCCAAGAGUUGAAUAAAAAAUCAACAGGUUUAAAGAAAAUAUUAAGUCGUAUACCUGAUGAAAUUACUGAUAGAAAAACAUUUUUGGAAACGAUUAAGGAAAUAGCUAGUGCUAUUAAAAAGUUGUUGGAUGCUGUGAAUGAAGUGGCUGCAUUUAUUCCAGGAUCAACUGGUAAACAAGCAUUGGAACAACGUAAACGAGAAUUUGUUAAAUUUUCGAAACGAUUUAGUAAUACAUUAAAGGAAUAUUUCAAAGAAGGACAAGCAAACGCAGUGUUCAUAAGUGCCUUAUAUUUAAUUCAUCAAACGAAUAUGAUAAUGGUGACCGUUAAAAAUAAAUGUGAAUAGAAAUAUUUUUAUUUUAUUUUGAAAAAAAUAUAUCGAAUUAUUUUAAUUUAUAGUUAUAAGUUACAUAAAUUUAAUUACAAUAGACACUCUCUGUUACCUCCCUUUACAAACAAAUAUAUCAAUUUUUAUUUGAAGCAAAAGGGAUUUUGAUGUUGCCAUUCCGUUAUUGUUUGUACAAUGAAGGUCUGUUGUACUUAAUUUUAAAUAUUAUUUGUAGAAGAAAAUGCUGUUUAACUUUUAACUGUAAAUUAAUUGAAAAAUAAAAGAUAAAUUGUUAAAUUUUUACUUGAAUGUUAUAAAAAUUGUUUCAGAAGUAUCUAGAAAGUAUUACAAAUCAAUUUCAAUGUACAAGUUGUUCUUAUUUUUAAUAUACGGGCAUAUUUAGAAAUCUUACCUAGAGAAUGAUGAUAUCUCUACGUAAUUCACAUAAUUCGUUUUUGUAUAACAACAGAUUCGCGCUAAUUGUACGCCUAAACACAUGUUUGUUAGAAAAAAACCUUUUUGAAUUUCGGUUAUCAACUAACUCAAAUCUCUAGGGAAAAUACAACAAUCCGAGUUGUCGGGAUGUAAAAUCGUCAAUUUUCAAUAAUAAAAGAUACCUAGCCAUUGAGUGUUUUUUACAUUCCACAUAUUUAUAUAGCAUUAUUAUAAAUUUUCGAAUAGAGACGACAAAAUUAUACAGAAGCUGGGAAUUGAACCCGGGCUCUCUAGGUAUCUAGCCUUAUACCUUCUCAGUCACCACUGUUGCAUUAUACAGGUAUUAUUGGCAUGUAAAUACAUGCUUUUGGUCGGAUUGCUAUAUAGCGCAUUUAUUUACGGUAUGCCACUUUUUUUUUGGUAACUUAUUGGUUUCAUUAUCUAUGUGUGCUUUAUAAGUCAAGGUUGAUUUAAAAAACACUUAGUUUAUGAAACAAUACGUUUAGUUUCAAAAUAAAAAAUGACAUACAAUUAUUGUUUACUUAAAAAAAAAUGGAUUAUUUUACAUUGACUUUUGAGUUAUGGAAGUAAUCGAUUGAAACUUUAAAUAGGCGAUAAACAUAUUUAUGAUGGGGAUUUAUAAAAAAUUUGUUUAUGAAAUACAAAAAUAACUCAUCGAUAAAUAUUCAUUCAUAGCUUUGAAUCGAUGAACUAUUCUAACAUUACCUCGAUCAAACUUUUAACAUUUUGUGCGCUUUCGCCAACAAUUGCUUUACCGGGGAAGAUUUCUGAACAUACCCAAGACAAAUUUAAUUUGAAUUCUUACAAAUUAUUACUUUCUAGGCCUAAACAUACUAUU